AUGGAGCACCCGAGCAAGAUGGAGUUCUUCCAGAAGCUGGGCUAUGACCGGGAGGACGUGGUCAGAGUGCUGGGCAAGCUGGGCAAGGAUGCCCUGGUCAACGACGUGCUGCAGGAGCUGAUCCGGACAGGCAGCCGCCCCCGGGCCCAGGAGAGCCAGGCUGUGCCCUUGCUCGUUCCCCGGGGCUCCUGUGGGGUCCUGGAUGCUGCCCAGCGGGGCCGGGGGUCAGCCCCGGAAGAGGACUGCAGAGGCCCUGCCAGCUCCCUGCGACCCAUAGUGAUUGACGGCAGCAACGUGGCAAUGAGCCAUGGAAAUAAAGAAGCCUUCUCUUGCCGGGGAAUCCAGCUGGCUGUGGACUGGUUCAGGGACAGAGGACACACCUACAUCAAGGUUUUUGUCCCAUCCUGGAGGAAAGACCCACCAAGAUCUGAUACCCCUAUUAGAGAGCAGCACGUGCUGGAGGAGCUGGAGAGGCAGGCGGUGCUCGUGUACACCCCGUCCCGCAAGGUGAACGGCAAGCGGGUGGUCUGCUAUGACGACCGCUACAUCGUGAAGGUGGCCUACGAGCAGGACGGCAUCAUCGUCUCCAACGACAACUACCGGGACCUGCAGAGCGAGAAUCCUGAGUGGAGGUGGUUCAUCGAGCAGAGGCUGCUCAUGUUCUCCUUUGUCACCGAUCGAUUCAUGCCUCCUGAUGACCCCCUGGGCCGCCGAGGACCCACCCUGAGCAACUUCCUGAGCAGGAAGCCAAAGCCCCCUGAGCCGUCCUGGCAGCAAUGCCCCUAUGGCAAGAAAUGCACCUACGGCAUCAAGUGCAAGUUCUACCACCCGGAGAGGCCGCACCACGCGCAGCUGGCGGUGGCCGACGAGCUCCGCGCCAAGACGCGGCCGGGCUCGGCCUGGGUGGAUCCGGUCUGGGGCGACGGUGCCUUUGGGGGCCCUUGGGGGUUCGCGGCCGCCGCCGACGAGGGGGACGCGCGCGCCCGGGUGCGCACCACGCUCUGCAGCAUCUUCCCGCCCGAUCUGGUGGACCGCGUGAUGGCCUCGUUCCCCGAGCUUUCCGACCUCGCCAGGCUCAUCGUUCUCGUGCAGAGAUCCCAAAGGGCUGGUGCAAGGCUGGGAAAGCCCUAG